CUUUCUUGUAUUAUCAGUUGCCCUUGGUAAUGAGCGUUUCACUUGCUGACGUAUCUGGACAGUUCAACUUUCCAAAGGAAGAGGAGAAAAUCCUCGAGUUCUGGAGAGAAAUCGAUGCAUUCAACACUUCGUUAGAGUUGAACAAGGACAAGAAGCCUUACACCUUUUUUGAUGGUCCUCCUUUCGCUACUGGUCUUCCUCAUUAUGGCCAUUUGUUGGCUGGUACUAUCAAGGAUAUUGUCACGCGUUAUGCUCAUAACACUGGUCACCAUGUCGAGCGUCGCUUUGGCUGGGACACUCACGGUCUUCCCGUCGAGUAUGAAAUUGACAAGAAGCUCGGUAUUAAGGGCAAAGAUGAUGUGAUGGCAAUGGGUAUUGACAAGUACAACGCCGAGUGUCGCGCAAUUGUCAUGCGUUAUUCGAGUGAAUGGAGAAAGACUGUUGAGCGUAUGGCUCGUUGGAUCGAUUUCGAUAACGAUUACAAGACCUUGAACCCCACUUUCAUGGAAAGUGUCUGGUGGGUCUUUAAGGAAUUGUUUGAUAAGGGCCAAGUCUACCGUGGACAAAAGGUCAUGCCUUACUCGACUGCAUGCCAUACGCCCUUGUCUAACUUUGAGUCGUCCCAGAACUACAAGGAUGUGAACGAUCCUGCCAUCGUUGUCGGUUUCCCUCUUGUUAGCGACCCCGAGACCCAGCUUCUUGCAUGGACCACAACCCCAUGGACCCUGCCUUCGUGUUUGGGUGUUACCGUCCAUCCCGAUUUCGAAUAUAUUAAGAUCAAGGACGAGCUUAGUGGCAAGCAAUACAUUCUGCUUCAAAAGUGCUUGAACAUUCUGUACAAGGACCCCAAGAAGGCCAAGUUUACAAUUUUGGAUCGUUAUAUCGGUAAGAACAUGAAAGGCUGGGAAUUCGAACCCAUGUUCGAUUACUUUGUCAAGGAGUUCAAGGGUAAGGGCUAUAAGGUCAUGGUCGAUACCUACGUCACCGAUGAUUCUGGUACCGGUAUUGUCCAGAACGCUCCUGCCUUUGGUGAGGACGAUUACCGUGUUUGUUUGGAACAUGGCGUCAUUGAUCCUGAUGGCUUUUUGCCUUGCCCCAUCGAUGAAAAGGGCAGCUUCACUGAAAUCGUCACCGAUUUUGCUGGUCAAUAUGUCAAGGAUGCCGACAAGGAAAUUCAAAAGAACAUGAAAGCACGUGGUCGCUUGAUUGUGCAAUCGCAAUUCAUGCAUAGUUAUCCCUUCUGCUGGAGAUCCGAUACGCCGUUGAUUUACCGUGCCAUUCCCUCGUGGUUCGUCCGUGUCAAGCCGGUCAUUGAUCAAAUUUUGGCUUGCAAUGAUAAGAUGCGCUGGGUACCAAGCUUUGUCCAAGAGAAGCGUUUCGCCAACUGGAUCGCCAACGCUCGUGACUGGAACAUUUCGCGUAACCGUUACUGGGGUACUCCUAUCCCUCUUUGGGUGAGCGAGGACUUUGAGGAAAUCGUUGCUGUUGGUUCGAUCAAAGAACUUGAAGAGCUUAGCGGUAUCUCGCCCAUCACUGAUAUUCAUCGUGAAAGCAUCGACAGCAUCACCAUUCCUUCCAAAACCGGCCGUGGCGUCCUUCGCCGUAUUGAGGAGGUUUUCGACUGCUGGUUCGAAUCCGGUUCUAUGCCUUAUGCUCAGCAGCAUUAUCCCUUUGAAAACGCCUCUAAGUUUGAGAAUGCUUUCCCUGCUGACUUUAUCUCUGAAGGUAUUGAUCAGACCCGUGGUUGGUUCUACACUCUUUUGGUGCUCUCGACCCAUCUUUUCAACAAACCUCCUGCCAAGAAUGUCAUUGUCAGCGGUCUUGUCCUUGCCAGUGAUGGUAAGAAGAUGAGUAAGCGUCUCAAGAACUACCCUGAACCAGGCAUUGUUCUUGAUAAGUAUGGUGCCGAUGCUCUCCGUCUGUACUUGAUCAACUCGCCUGUUGUGCGUGCCGAAUUCUUACGAUUCAAGGAAGAAGGUGUCAAGGACAUUGUCAGCAAGGUGUUCUUGCCCUGGUACAACGCUUUCAAAUUCUUCAUCACGCAGACUGCUGUUUUGAAGAAGCAAUUUGGUGUUGACUUUGUCUAUCAACAUGAUAUGAAGAAAUCCGAAAAUGUCAUGGAUCGCUGGGUACUUGCUAGCUGUCAAUCUUUGAUCAAAUUCGUUCGCGAGGAAAUGGGCGCUUACAGAUUGUAUACUGUCGUACCUCGUUUGCUCCAGUUGAUCGACACUUUGACCAACUGGUACGUCCGUUUCAACCGUAAGAGACUUAAGGGUGAAAACGGUGUUGAAGAUGCCACCCGAGCCAUGAACACUCUCUUUGAAGUACUGUUGACCUUGUGUCUCACCAUGGCACCAUUCACACCCUUCUUGGCCGAGAACAUGUAUCAAACCCUCAAGAACUUCAUACCCAAGGACUCCAACGUUGCUGAUGACCGCUCUGUCCACUUCCUCGACUUCCCUACUGUCCGUGAAGAAUACUUUGAUCCUGAGAUUGAGCGUGCCGUCGGCAGAAUGCAAGCUGUUAUUGAAUUGGGCCGUACCGUCCGUGAAAAGAAGAACAUUUCUCUCAAGACGCCAUUGAAGGAGCUUGUCGUCAUCCACCACGAUCCUCAGUACCAUGCCGAUAUCAAGGCUUUGGAGAGCUACAUUGUGGAAGAACUCAACGUUCGCGAGAUCCUCGUUACUUCUGAUGAAGACAAGUUUGGUGUUCAAUACAAGGCUGAGGCUGACUGGAAGGUCUUGGGUCCCAAGUUCAAGAAGGACUUGCAAAAGAUCAAGAAGGCUUUGCCAUCACUUACAAGCGAUCAAGUCAAGGAAUUCGUCAAGAACAAGGAGAUGCUUGUUGAUGGCAUUAAGGUUACUGAUGAGGAUUUGAACGUUGUCCGAUUCUUUGAUGAUCAAGGAAACGCCCAAUACGAAACCAACACUGAUCGUGAUGUUCUGAUUCUCUUGGAUACCAAACGCUACCCUGAACUUGAGCAGGAAGGUAUCGCACGUGAAGUCAUCAAUCGUGUCCAGCGUCUUCGAAAGAAGGCCAACUUGCUGCCCACCGAUGAUAUCCACAUGUACUACCGUUUCACCAGCGAUCCUGAGAACGUAUUAGACGCAGUCAUGAAGACCCAGACCGCUGUGAUGGUCAAGGUCUUGAAGAAGCCUCUGGAAGAUGCUCAGACAAAGAAGGAUGAUGCGGAAGUCAUCAUUGAAGAACCCCAAGAAAUCAACAAGCUUACAUUUGAUCUCAUUUUCACUAAAUAAACCGUUUGUAUUAGCAUAGAGUACUUAAAACAAUGUCAAUGAAUAAAUAUAAUCAAGUAUAUACUGAAGACAAAAUGUACAGGCAAAAAACAAGAAAGAGAUCGGUGAACCU